GCAAACUGUUGAUAUGUGUGAUGCUUUAAAAUCAAAUUUUUGAAAUUUUAUAAGAAAAACGAGAUGUCGGGUAGAGAAGUCGAAUCGGCCCUUCAUCUUGGCCUCGUCUUUCAACAAAUCCCAGAAACGUCAACGGUAACAGCAACAUCUGGUGAGACAUCACGUAAGCGUACGGCAGAUGUGGAACCGGCUGCAGAUGUUCCUUCGGCAAGUCGCCGUCGUCGUAAUGCUAACACGGAUGCAUCAUCAUAUAUUAGGCCAACAUUUCCCAGUUGCUGCGUUAACGGUGUUGUUGAGCAAACGUGCCUCAUACCUUCAUCUCCGGGUUAUGAUCCAACUGCCGCUGCUGCCGUACAACCACCUACAACGCCGAUCUAUGGACCUCAGGUUAUCGCUCCUCAAAUUCACGCUCAGCUUGCUUCUUUGCCGAGCACGUCUAUUGUACAUAAUGUGACUCCAAUCGCUCUUCACCUUCAUGGACCUCCCUCGGUCGCAUCAAAUUAUGCAUAUUUUCUGCCACAUCCGCCACUGAUGGGUUUACGCCUGCCAACAACACCACUGCAAUACGUGUCGCAGGAUAUUCCAUUUGCGGAUCGUCAUUUUCUUCCACCAUUGAUAAAUGAUAUCCCGGACGAAUAUUCUGGUAUUCAGCGUUCAUUGGAUGAAAUGCCUGUGCCACAGUCUGCAAUUCCAUCUUCAGUGAACGCUGGCAAUAAUUGGGAUCACAGUACAGCGCACUUCCGUUUAUAUCCCGGCUUUUCGUAUCUCCCAAGAGCGAUUAACGCGCAAAUGGAGUCAGUAGCUUCCCGUGUUCGAAUUGCUCAAGCAGCUGCUCAGGUUGGCGUUGAUCCGGCUACUGCGACACAGAUGUUGGCAAAUCGGGCUCGCCAUCCUAUCGAUUAUUAUGCAGAUAACAACCACAAUUCCGUUCCUUUAGUUGAGGGACCUGUUGCUGUUCCAACGAUGGCUGCGGAAUGGAUGCCACAACAAACGGCGCUUCAAAGUACCAUCGAGACUGUAUCAGCAGCCAGUUACCAUCAGCAACUGGAAAGACUGGCAAAUGGUGAGAUUCCGUUCCGUGCGUGGGAAGCAGCUGUUCUCCAUAUCUUUGAUCGUAUGGCACCUCAGAUGAAUGCAGCUCGUCUACCACCUAAAGGAAUGACAAAGAACGAAAUUGAUCAGUUAAAGUCGUUCCGUGUUACUGACCCGGCACUCCUGAUGGAGAAAGUGUGCGUAAUCUGUCAGUGCGAUUUUGAGAAACGCGAUUUGGUCCGCAUGCUGCCGUGCGCACAUCAUUUUCAUCUAAAAUGCAUUGAUAAAUGGUUGAGGGGCAAUCGCACAUGCCCAAUUUGUCGCCAGAAUGCUGCACCGGAUGAAGACGACACUUUUGAAGUGAUAUCUGGCAGAGCUGGCAGAGUGGCUGCGGUAGUUACGGGGACAUCUGGAACAUCUGGUGGGGCAGGAGCCGAAAAUACUCCAAUGGAAGAGAACGGUGAUCAUGAAAAUCCACGUGCAGCAGUACAGGUUAUCACUCAAAUGCGAGGAACACCAGAGCCUGCGGACGGAUCGUUUCAUGAUUCUCGUUACUAGAAAUUGAUCCAAGUGCCAUUAAUUUUUAUUUUUUGGUCUAGGCAUUUUUCGUGGACUAGAAUUUCUUGAAUUUAAAUUGUAAAACAGACUUCUGUGAUUCCGACAUCGGUUUUGACCUUUUUUUGAUAAAUAUGUAAAUUUUCUCUCUUAUUUUGCACAUUGC